AUGGCUUUGAACACAACUUCAAGCAACAAGUCCCGUAAAGCAGUCAUCGCUGUUAAUUUGUUCACAACAUCGAUUCACUACUUCACGUUGAAAGAGCUCGACCCGUGCAUCGAUUUGGACACGUUAUUGCAGAACUUGGCAAUGUGGCGUGCACUCAAUCGUCUCAUCGAGCAAAGACCCCGACCGCUACCACCAACUCAACACAUCUUGCCUUCGUUCAUGUCCCUUUGGAGUCGAGUGAAAGGUGGGAUUGACGUCUACCCCCGGUAUCUGAAAAAUGUGAAAUUAAGUCACGCUUCCCUACCACCGAUAUCGGCCAUAGUGCAGCGGAUUAUUAUGACGCUGAUUUACAAUUCGUUUCAGUCUUUACAGCUUUUCCGGGGCCUUUACCGCGACGCUGCUAAGUAUUUGCGAGAACGCUCACCACCGGAUGCUACAACGAGCUUGAGUUGCCGUGCAAGAAAUGAGAACAAAGACACUGGCAACAUCGAUCAAAACGGGCAUGAAAUCAUAUACAAGAAACGAGUUCAUUUCAACUCUGACAUUGACCUCAUUCGCCGACACUUGAACAAACGGAAUCAGCAUGUUAUGAUACAAAUCGAAGAUGGUGCCCAAAACGGCUGCGUGCUGUUCUGCUCGCUUAACCACGAUACUGAGAACGCUGGACACGGCCACAAAGGGUUCAAAACCCGGUUUGAGUGUAGCGCACGCAUGGUUGCUCUCUGUCGCCAAGAUGGAAUGGGGCGCGGUCGUGCAUCGACAAAGUUCCACAGUGAAAAGGAGCUGCCGGAUCCCUGUUCAGUUUCGGGAAAACUGAAUUCGACAAGGGAAAACAACAACCGUGCCCCGCCACCGUCGCGGAAACGACCUAGUUCCAUGGUGGACACGCCCAACCGUCGUUCACCUAGUGCUCAUCUACAUCUACGCGAGCGCAGACGCUCUCAACGCAUUCGCGAGAAUGCUUCCCAAGUUUUUCCUCAACUAAAGGACCAAAAUUUGCCCUAA